AUGAGUGAUUAAUCUUAUAAGUUAGUUCCAGAUCAAAAUAUAGCAUUGGUGUUUGACCAAGCUGUAUAUAUCUUUGUUUUAUAUUUAGCUUAAUGCCAAUGAUGAUUACAUAAGGUUAUAAAAAAUAUCAGAAGGCAUAAAAUAUAUAACUUAAAAUUUACCCUAAGCUAAAACAUUUGCAAAUCCAAAACUAAUGUUUUAAUGUAAAUAAAUUUAAAUAAUUCUAUAGUAAUGUGUUUGUAUCCCUUUUAAAAAUCUAAUAUAGAAUCUUUGAUAUCAGCAUUCUUUGAAUAUUUUUAGGAUUUUCGUUUCAUAAGUAGCUUCUUUGAGUCAGCUUCAAAUAUUUCUAUGCUUCAAGAAACAAGUACUUAAACAUUAAAAUAAAGAAUUACUAUGUUAUCACGGUUUAAUAUUAAUAAUAUUUUUUAAAGUAAAACAAAAGAUAAUAAUGAUGGAUAAUAAUUCAGCUAAGCUGUCAAUUAGGAAAUAGUUACAAUAAAAUUGUUUACUGUCAAUUACUUAAAGAAAUUUUUUGAAUUAGCUAAUAAAUUAUAAUUAGACUUUUAACUUUAUUGUCUGAUGUUUAAGAAUUAUAUUCAAAAUUCGACUAAUUAAAAAUUAUUUGAAAAUGUGAUGGAUUGUUAUUAAGAUCUAAGAUUUACAAUAUUUGCUAAAUGUGAUUGGAUUAAUUAAUUUAGUGAAGAAAUUAUUAUUUGUAAUUAUAUUUAGUUUUAUAAAUUUAGUUUUUAAUAAUACUCCAAAAUUAUUUCCAUCUUACACUAAAUAUCAAACAAUUGUAAUUGAAGAAGAUUCUGAUUCAGAAAUAGUUAGUUAAACAUAAAUUAUAAUACCAUAACAAUAAAAUAGAAGAAGAUCUUAUAUUUCAACUGAAUAAGAUCCUAGUUUAUAUUUAUAAAAUUUAUGUUGUAAAUAAGAUCCAAAUUAACCACUCUAACAUCAUUCAGCUUUGGAAGAAGUUGAAAAUUUAGAUAUUUUAAUUUAAUUUGUCUUAGAUCCAGUUUAAAUUUCAAUAGCUUCUCUUUGGGUAAAUUAUAUUUAGAUCAGUAUAGGUUGAAAAUUAUCCAAAAUUGCCAGAAAUAAUAGAUAAUGAUAAAAAUAUCUAUAAAUAAAAAUCAAAAUAUAUUUUGAAUUAAUAUCAAGUACUUAGAUCUUUUAAAACCUUAUAAAUAUUAACUAACAUUGAGAACUUUAAAAAUUUAUUGGGUUAACAUUCAUAAAUAUUUGCAAAAAUAUGUAUAUUAAUAAUUAACAAUUAGUUUCCUUUAUUAAUAUUAAUUUAUAUGAUGAAACAAAAAACAUUAAUUUACAUCAUCUAGCAAUAUUGAUAAAAUUUCUAAUCAAUUUUUAACCUAAGUUUUGUAUUAAAUAACUUAUUGAAUAAAAAAUAUUUCCUAAACUUUUAGAAAUGUCAUAUAAUCCUUCAAUAAAUUAAUUAUUAAUAGAUAUUAUUAAUUUUAAUGAAGACAUUAUUUAAUUAGGAAUCUAGUAUUUAGAAUAAUUAUGGUCCUACCUACAUUAAUUUUAUUUUUUGUAAUUACUUUCUAAUUAUUCAUUUGAUGGAUAAAUAAGUUCAGAUAUUCACCCUCCUGAUUAAGCAGUAAUAUUAAUUCCUAUGAAAGGCAUACAAUGAGAUUUUUUAAGUUAUUAAAGCAUAAUCUAUAUUUGAUCCACAGAGACUAUAAUAAUAGUUAUUGAAAUAAGAAACUUAAAAUAUUUAGGAAUUGACUACAAUUCAAUCUAAAAAUGAUUAUGAUAAUUUAGAAGUAUUUUAAAAUGAAAAAUAAGAACAUCUAAAAAGAGCACGUGAUGAUUUAUUAAGAAGAUAAUCUUCUAUAUUAAUAAGUUAAAAUAGUAGCAAAGUUAACUAAAACUAAAAAGGGAGAUAGUGUAAUAUUGACUUAUCAAAAAUUUAAUCAAAUACUUCAUUAUAAGAUGUAGAUGGUAAAUUAAUUUAAUAUAGUUAAAAUAUUGAUAAUUAAUUAAAUUCUGGAAACACUAAAACUUCUCCUUUGAUUAGACUAAGAAAUAAAACAUCAUAACAUGGAAGCAAAUCUAGAAUCAAAUCAGAACAAGAUAUAGAUUUACAUUCAAAUGAUGGUUUCUCAAGUAGUAAAUUGAUUUAAAUCUAUCCUACAACAAAGUCAGUGAUAUUUUUAUCAGAUUUUGAAAAAGAAAAAUUAUCUUUUAAUAAAAAUAUUAUCUCAGAAAAUCAUUUAAGAACUUUAAUUCUUUUAUUUAAUUAAUUAAUUGAUUUUGCAGAAAAAUAAUAAGAUAUAUAAUAAAAAUUAACUCAAACUUAAAUUUUUAAUAUUGAUUAAUUUACAAAAUCAAUAAUGACUGAAAAGAAUAUUUACUCAUUAUUUAAAGUAUUUUUGUAUUCAAUUUUGGAAAUUCCUCAUAAUCCAACAUCAUUGUCUGUUGAAUGUGGAAUUUUAUUAAAUAAUCUUUACAUUAAAAUUAAAAUUAUCUAAAUCUUUGAAAAUUACAAGGAAUUGUUGAAAAACUAAUUUUAAUUAAUUAUUGAUUAUUUAGUUAAAUGCAUUGUUUAAUUAAAUUCAAUUAGAUCAAAAUUAGAUUCAACAUCUUUUGCCUUUAAAUAAUAUAUAUUAGUUUCCAUAAUGACAAAUGGAUUACUAUUAUAUGAUAGAUAAAAUUAUAUGGUCAAAAUAGAUAAAAAUUAAAAAAGCGUAUUCAGAAACUUAACAGAUACUAUGUUACAUAUAAUUAUCAUAUGGUUUUCUGAUAGUUAAUAGAACACAAUAUAUUAAUAGGUUUUUACUAAAUUCAUUACUAUAUUUUUUGCAGGUGCUCCUAUACCAUACUUAUCUAAUAUUAUCUUUAAAUUAGGUUUAGUAAGUACCUUAUAUAAUGCAUAUACAAAAUUUUAUUAAAAUGAAAUGAGGGAUACAUCUUAUGUUGAAGGCAUUUUUUUUUAUAUUCUAUUAAUAAAUUAUAUUAUAAGAAAUGCGAUAAAAGUGAGAAAUUUAAGUGAAUUAUAAAGUGCUCUAAUUAUAUUAGAUUCAUGGUAAUAACUUGAAUAAGCUCAACCUUUUGAAAAUACAAUGGCUAUGAGAUAUGCAGAUUAAUUGAUUAAUUUAGAAUAUGGAAAAUAAGUUGAUAAAGUAUUUGUUAAAAAAAAUGAAGAAAAGAAUAACAAAUAGAUCAAAACAAAAAGUUAAAUAAAUCAAAAAGUUAAUCCGCUUAUAUCCUAACAAAAGUAUACUUGAAUCAUGUAAUUUUAGAAAAAUAAGUGAAUCUAAUACUAAUUCUAUAGUUUAAAUGUCAAGGGCAGAAUAAUCAUAAAAGAAACUAAUAUGA